GUAAGAUACGGGUUCUUUAAAACACUAUGGGCCUGACGUCAGCAGACUCGGGCAACCAAUCAGGGAGCUUCUUCUCGUCCUCUCCUCUCUCGCGCUGAUCUGGAUCAGAGCGAGGCUGCCUCGCUUUCAGUGCAGCCAGCAGUACGCAUGCACGCGCGCGCUCACACACACUCACUCACACACUGCAGGAUACCUGAGUGAGGAGGCUGCAUAUACACAGCUCUGCUGACCAUCACACACACACACACCUCUUACACGCUAAUUUACAUACACACACUCGUUCAGCUCUGUUUAAAGCGCAGGGAUGGUCAUGCAGCUCGCGAAUGUCAUGGAGGCGCGCGCGCGGGUGGGCUAGGCGGAGGAGUAGCAGCAUCAUCAGCAGCAUCACCACGAUCACCGUCAGCCCCCGGCCGCUCCCGCCGCUCUCCGGCAUGCUCAGCUCGGCCUGCCACCCCAUGGCGGAGCGCUGCUUCAGCCCCAAGCCCGAGCCGCCGCCGCCCAAGCGCAAGGGCUUCAGCCUGGCCCGCAUGGUGAGCGUGAGCGGGCACAAGGCGGCGGGCAGCGCGCGGCCCCCGCGCGGGGGUGGAGGCGGAGGGGGUGGCGGGAUGCCCUUUACCCUGCACUGCCACAUCGGCAAGGAGAUCAAACACAUCUGCAGCAACUGCAGCAGGAGCACCGGCGCGCGGGACGCGGAGGACGUGGAGCGACUGGCCGCCAUGCGCUCCGAAUCCCUCGUCCCCGGCACCCACACGCCGCCCAUCCGCCGCAGGAGCAAGUUCGCCACUCUCGGACGACUCUUCAAGCCCUGGAAGUGGAGGAAGAAAAAGAGCGAGAAGUUCAAACAGACGUCUGCAGCUCUGGAGAGGGAGAUGUCGGCCAGGCAGACCAGAGAGGAGCUGAUAAAGCGGGGGGUCCUGAAGGAGAUCUUUGAAAAAGCCACCAUCGAAUUCAGGGCCUCCAUGGAGGGUGGAAUCUGUCCUCAGGACCCCUCCAUGAAGUCGUCCAUGGUUCUGCCUGUUAAGAAAUCAGUUGCGUUUCCAGGUGACCUUCAGGAGAACCAUAUCAACCCUGCCAAAGCUCCACUUUUCCCCAAGCAGCCGCCUGCACUGCCCCCAAAGCCAUUUCCCCGGCUGUCCAACCACAGCACAGAGCCAUGCCAGCCCCUGAAGCUGUCCUGUGGGCAGGGCAAGCUUUCUCCUCCUCUACCUCCUAAGAAGGUGAUGAUCUGCGUGCCGUCCGGAGGCCUGGAGCCCCCCGUCUCCACCCCGAGCCCCCUCGCCUCCUACCCGCAGAAAUGCGCUCCCAUGAUGCACCACGGAGGCCUUGGAGGACACCACGGCCACCCGCACCAGCUGCAGUACGGCGGCGUUCCCAGCCGCAUCAUCGAGGAGCUCAACAAGACGCUGGCGCUCACCAUGCAGAGGCUGGAGAGUUCUGCACUGCAUUCUCAGUGUGGUCUGCUGGAUGUCCGGCCUGUGCCCACGGUGGUGAUCGACUGUGAGGACGACAAAGAAAACAUGCCAGACGAGUCCGACUACGAGGACCUGCCCAGCAUGUACAAGGACGAACUGGAAGAGGAGGACGAGGAUGAAGACGAUGAAGAGGACGACGACUCACUUUUUACAAGUUCUUUAGCACGCAAGGUGCUGAGGAAAGACUCUCUGGCUAUAAAACUGAGCAACCGGCCGUCUAAACGAGAGCUGGAGGAGAAGAACAUCCUGCCCAUGCAGACGGACGAGGAGAGACACGAGUCCAGACAACAGAUCGGCACCAAACUCACACGGCGGCUGAGCCAGAGACCCACCGCCGAGGAGCUGGAACAGAGGAACAUCCUGAAACCUCGAAAUGAACAGGAGGAGCUGGAGGAGAAGAGAGAAAUCAAACGGAGAUUAUCCCGCAAGCUCAGCCAAAGGCCCACGGUGGAGGAGCUGCGGCAGGCCAAGAUCCUGAUCCACUUCUGUGAUUAUGUGGAGGUGGCUGACGCACAGGACUACGACCGGCGGGCCGACAAGCCCUGGACCCGCCUGACCGCCGCAGACAAGGCUGCCAUACGGAAGGAGCUGAAUGACUAUAAGAGUAAUGAGAUGGAGGUGCACGAGUCCAGCCGCCAUUUAACCAGGUUUCACAGACCGUAGACCUCCACUGUCCGGAGUGCUCCAGCAGCAUCUCCACCUACCAACCACAAGUGCUGGUCAGUCAAUGGUGCCCGAAUCUACACACACAGCCAAGUCCUCGAGGGGGCGGGUUUAAACAUGCCUUUUUUUUCGGACCCCCCCUCGACCCUCCGACACCAACACCCACCACCCCCACACUCCACCCUCUGCCAGCGCCAGCCCCCCCUGUGCCCAUCCUGUGCCAGCCUGGGACUCUUAUUUAUUACAGUAGCAAAGCACCAACUGGGUACAACCCUGGGCUUUCUUAUUAAGGGGGGGGGUGGAGCUCCAAAUCCCACCAUCAUUUCUGUUAAAAUUAACGGAGGAGGAGGUCCAGAAAGGACCAAUGGAAUCCACGUAUCUCCAUCAGUCCCUUUGCCCUUUGAUUUUUUUUUUUUUUCUUUUUCUUCUUCAUCAUCAUUGGAACACAGGAUUAGACACGCCCCUUUUGAAGGCUUCAUCCAUGCAGAGUUUACUAGCAGAGGAGACCAGGAGGUGGCGCUCUUCUCUCAGAUGGAUGGAGCUGCUGUUUGAUCCUUCACCUGAACUUCGCUCCUGCGGCGCCCUCUGGUGGCGCCUGUGGCUCCUUAAACGUCUCCAUCGCCCGAAAUCACAGAACAGAAAACUGUACAGACUGUGCAGAACUGAAGCUCUGCAGCAAACUGUGAAACAACCCCCUUCCCACCCCCCCAGAUCCCCCACCGGGGGCCAAAACCAGUACAGACCUUCAGCUUGCACCCCCAAACCCUGUAAACCCCCCCCCCCAACCCCAAACUCUCCGAAAUGUAAAUAUUGUGUUUAUAUGAGUUAUUAAAUAGGAUAUUUUAACUGUGCAAUUAUUCUAUUGUUCUAAAAACACUGAAAGGAAACCUUUACUGAAACACGAGGAAGGGCUUUCCCGCUGGACUGGCUGAUCUGGAGGGGGGGGGGGGUUGGGGAGGGGGGGUUGUUGAUUGUCUUCUGGGUUCGUUUGCCAUUUUUUAAAUGUUUGUACGUCUUUUUUUUAAUGUCUUGUUUGUAGGGAUGCACCAAAUAUUUGGCAACCGAAAUUAUUCAGCUGUAAAUUAUAUUAAAAAAAUCACUUUAUUAUUAUUAUUAUCAUUAUUAUGCACCAAACACAGAAAUACAGUCUAAAAAGCACACAUUGGACAAAUAAGUAAAAAUUAUUAUUGUUCUUAUUAUUAUUAUUAUCAUUAUUAUCAUUAUUAUUAUCAUUAUGCACCGAAUAUUAUAUUAAGCAACCAAAAUUAGUCAUACAGUCAUAAAAAAAAACAAUGGACAAAUAAGUAAAAAAAGCAAAUUAUGAAUGAUAUAAAUUAUGUUUUCAUUGAAAUCAAAUUAUUUAGGUGAAAAUGGCAAAAACAACACUUCAUUAUUUUUAAUAUUAUCAUAAUUAUUUUGUCUACAUAUUCGGCAACCGAAAUUGGUCUUACAGAGAUACAUUUAAAAAAACGCAUUUUUGGCAAAUAAGUUAAAAAGUAUAUUAUAAAUAAUAUUAAUUAAGUUUUCUUUAAAAGCAAGACAAAUUAUUAUUAUUAUUAUUAUUAGUAGUAGUAGUAGUAGUAGUAGUAGUAGUAGUAGUAGUAUGCACAUCAUAAUCAACAACCAAAAUUAUUUAGCUAGACAAAAAAGCUCUUUUAUUAUUAAUAAUAUAGCUAAUCAUCUUUCAAAUACAGUUUUAGGGUUCAGACAAAUAAAUGAAAAGACAAUAAUAAUAAUAAUAAUAAUAAUAAUAAUAAUAAUAAUAAUAAUAAUAAUAAUAAUAAUAAUAAUAAUAAUUUACACCAAAAGAAAUUCAGGCAUUUGUAUUUAUUCAGUGGUUAAUUAAUAAAUGUGGCUUUUUGCCAAAUGGUUCAUUUUCUUUAAUUUAGGAUUUGGGUGCAUCCCUGCUCUUUUAUUGUUUAUUGCUUGGUCUUUUUUUUAAAUAUUGAUCUGUGAUAUUUUCUGUGUUCAUUUAUUUAUUUGAUUUAUUUAUAUAUUUUCCUUUUUUCUCUCCAUUUUAUUUAUUUAUUAUUACAUUUUGUGAAGGUCACCUUCAGCCUGGCAGGCUGCGGGGAAUCUCGCUCGAGUCCAGAGAUGGACUUGAAACCCAGGGAUUUAAACAUUUCUGAUUAUUUAUUACUGUUCAUUUUUUAUACUCAUGUUUUAUUUGCGUGUGGACGAACAGGAACACUCUGGUCUUUGGAUCGCACAGUCUUUGAUGUUUGUACUCCUACGAUUAAGAGUUUCUAGAGUUAUAUAGCUGCACUGAUAUGCGUGACCCACAACCCCCUCCCACCACCUCUAUUUUUCUUUUGAAUUAUUAUUAUUAUUAUUAUUAUUCUUUUUUAUUUUAAUUUAAUGGUUGUUCUGAGCAAUAUUGGUAAUUGUGUGCUGUGGGUGACCAUUACUGUUUUUCUUUUCUUUUUACCUUUUCUUUUUUACUGUCCUGUAAUCUGUAGUCAUUUUGAAGGUUAAGAUGCUUUAUAUGUUUUUUUAUAAUUAGUAUAAUGUGUUUUUAUUAUGAUUUUCCAGUUCUCUGCUGUCCAACAGGAUGUGCAGCUUUUUGACUCAAGUUAAAGGAGAACUCCGGCGUGAAAUGUAUUUGGGUUUUAGUGAAACAGGAGAACAAGUAGAAACUUUUUAUCAAAUAUUCCACAGCCGUUCUCCCUCAGUAUUUAGAAAUACAGAGCUUUUAGCCGAUGCUCCCAGCAGGCUUACAAUGCUAGAGAUAGGGGCAUAAUGUAGCGUAAGUCAUGCAAAGAAAUGACUAUUUUUACAUCAUUAACAAGCUCUAACUAGCUCCACACUACAUUGGAAGAAUUCUGACGGUCCUGACAUUUAAAACAAGGCACUGAGAGCUUUAAAAGUGCACAGAUAGUUUUUUUCACCUUUAGAAAAUCAAGAAAUUAAUCUAGAAAUUAAGUCACAAUAAGUCCGAUUGAUGAUGUUGGGGCUCUCAGAAUUUUACCAAUGAAGAGUGGAGCUACUUUGAGCUUGUUAAUGGUGUUAAAAUUGAAAUAUAUUUGCAUGGGUGCCCCUUUUAUAUGCCCCCAUCACUAGCAUUGUAAGCCAGUUGGGAGCAUCAGCUAAAAGCGCUGUAUUUGGGAAUGCUGGGAGUGAACAGAGGUGGGCUAUUAGCCAAAAGUUUGUACUCAUUAUUAUGUUUCACUAUAACCCAAGUCCAUUUCACACCAGAUUUCUCCUUUAAUAUUUGUAUUUUUUUCCUCCAGGGCAUUCAUGGUGGGUUAUAUAGCCCAUCCGCUCACGUGUAUGCUAGUGUUUCUCAACACGCACAAAUACACACACAGCAUGAACAAGAAUGUGAAAUUUAAAAAUGGCACAUUUCCAAACAGCCCCGACCUAAUGUACUCCUAUUUUUAUUUUAUUUAUUUUUUAUUAUUUUAAAUUUAAACAUCGCUGUCCUAUAAUUGAAAAAAAAAGAAGUAUCUCCAAAACAGCAACUUUACAGGAGAGAGAAAAAACCUUCUAAAGUUUCAAUGGAAGUCAAUGUAAAAAGAGUUUAUUUCAGGUCAUUUUGAAGUAUUUCUAUUGGUCCGUUCAUCGUGAAAUUUUGGCACAGUGUAAGAGACAGUUUGUCGAUUCAAAUUUUGUAGAAAACUAAAAAUCGACAAAAAUGGAGAUACUUGUUUUUUUUUUUUUUUUUUUUUUCCCAUUGGAUGGCGACGAAAUUUUUCUUCAAAAUGGUCAGAAAUGGCUGAACCUGAACUCUGGGACAAUAUAAUCUGUGGAGUUUCUCUCUUUUUUUUCUCAGUGUUCUGCUUCUCUUCUCAACCUGAUGUUGCUGUGAAAAGGUUUUGGCGCCCUCUAUGUGCUCCAAAAUCACCUGCACCCCUCCCCCCCUAUCAACCCCCAACACCCCCCAACACCACCACUACCAACCCCCAAACCCCCCUCCUAAAAGUAGAUAUUAGCAUGCAUCGUUCACAGAGUUUAAGCAGGGAUUUCACCUAUUUUCUAUAAAAUAAAACAAUAAAAUGAAAUAAAAAAUAAAAAUAAAAAACAGAAAAACUGUGUGGGGUGCUGUACAUGAGCGUGGUUAUAGAUGGGUAUAUAGGUUAAGUGGUAACGGGUUUAGUGAAUAUUUCAUAUACAGAUCUGCCGUGAUCAUCCCCACUGAUCAGAAACAUGCACACCAACACCACUGGACUUUAUUAUAUUUAUUUUUAACUGUAUUUUCCAAGAAAAUGUAAUAAAUCCAGAUCAAAGAGAUCAAAACCAGCUGCUGAUCGCACACAGUCGUCUGUCUGAAGUCGUGAUGUUCUUCUGUACUAGGCAUCGUGUCUAAAUUGGGGCGUUUUAGCUGGAUUUGUCUACAAUGGAAAUUAAUGGUAUUUUAAAAUUAACACUAAACAAGUAGUAAAAAAAAAGUUAAAAUUAAAAUUCCUAAAAUUGAUUUUAUUUCUAAAUGUUAUAUAUUAAGUAAGUGUACUUGUGUAAUAUUCAAUAUUACACAUGUAUAUAGUACCAAAAAUGUUCUGUACUGUAGAUUAACACUAAAGUCAGCCAAACUAUAAAGAAAAAAACACAUGGAACCAGAAUUUGUUUCAUAUUUAAGAUUAUUGCUUAGAUUAGACAGUUUUGCCCAUCUUGGAUUUAGAUUUUCUCAGUCAGCUUUAUGAGGUAAAGUCACCUGGAAUUCAGGCUUUCAGUUAACAGCUGUGCUGAACUCAUCAAGAGUUAAUUACAGUGAAGUAAAGUAGUGAAGAGGUAGAGUUACAGGUAUACAGUGAAUAGUGAAUAUUUGAGUAAUGUUCUAAUCCGGAUUUUGAGAAGCAAGAACAGUCGCCAAAAAGAUCAUCAAAAAUAGUAUAAUGAUGAAACUGGCACUCAUCAGGACUGCUUCAGGAAAGAAAGAGUAGGUGUUUCCUCAGAAACAGUCAGAUAAGAGCACCUAAAUGCUUCCUUACAGAGUAUUUUAGUUUGUUUUAAACACUUUUAAGUUACUACAUGAUUCCUUAUGUGUUCCUUCAUAGUCUGGAUCACUUUUUAGUAUUAAUUACUGUACAAACUGUACAUAAUGCCAAGUAUUACAGAACAAUGCAUGACUUCAGAAUAGGUCUGUUCACUGGCUGGGAAAACAGGGCAGCUGAAUGGUUUCCAAUGAUUUAGGACACAAAUUUAGGAUCAUUAAACUGUAUUUCUUUAUUUUUCCUUUUUAAAGCACUUUUGCAAAUUGGAAAUACACAUGCCUGUUUAGGGGAGCCUACAAUAAAAGUGCAUUGUUUUUAUGUACACUACAUUUUCCACACUAAGUAAAAUAUAUAGUCCAUAUAUCCAUAUAUAGUACCAAGGAGAGCUCUUUGAUUAGUCACAGUGGUGGACCUGUUUUAGAUACUAUAGGUUGGUUCCCCAGACAGGGAUUAAGUAGUUUAGUUCUACACUAGUGUAUUAAAAAAAAAAAGAAUAUCAUUAAAAAGUUACUUUAUUUCAGUAAUCUAGUUCAAAAUGUGAAUUUCAUAUAUUAUAUAGAUGUAUUAAACACAGAGUGAUCUAUUUUAAGCGUUUAUUUCUUUUACUGUUGAUGAUUAUGGCUUACAGCCAAUUAAAAAAAACCCUAAAAAUCUGUGUCUCACAAAAUUAGAAUAUUAUAUUAGAACAAUUGGUACUUUUAGCUGUACUGUGGGCAGUGUGCCAAGUCCUGCUGGAAAAUAAAAUCCUCAUCUUCAUAAAAGUUGUCAGUAGCAGAGGGAAGCAUGAAGUGCUGUAAGAUUUUCGUGGAAAAAAACUUUUUAUAAACAUGUGGAUUUCAUUUUCCAGCAGGAUUUGGCACACUGCCCACAAUACCCAAAAAUACCAACUGGUCUUAUAAUAUAAUACUCUAAUUUUCUGAGACACUGAUUUUUGGGUUUUCAUUGGCUGUAAUCCAUAACCAUCAACAAUAAAACAAAUAAAUGCUUAAAAUAGAUCACUGUGUUUAAUACAUCUAUAUAAUAUAUGAGUUUCAUAUUUUAAAUUGAAUUACUGAAAUAAAGUAACUUUUUUAAUGAUAUUCUUGGACUAGACUUAAUCCCUUUUGGAAACUGUUUUGGAAACUGACCCUACUAUAUAUUGUAUACCUUCUACAACAGGUUAAUCUUGUAUUUCAAAAGCCAUUAAAGUAUUUAAAUAGAUAAUACAUUGUAAUAUUAAGGAUAUAUAGAACUAUAGUAGUUGGUAAGGAUUCAGGUCAAAAGACAGACUCAACAGAAAGUAUUGAACUUCAUAUAAUUCUAUAACAGUAUUUUAUUUUUCUCCAUGUUUUUUUUUUUAUGUAUGCACAGACGGCACAGAUCCAGAUUUAGACUUUACCACAUUCAUUUAUCACAUUAAAACACCCUUUUUAAAACAAACCUUUUAAAAUUGAAACAUCUACAAACUAUUGGUCCUGUCCUCGGUUUGGACAGGCUGGGCCAGAUGUGUGAAUUAUUCAGCAAUAAAGAAGUGUUUCUCUUUUUCAUACACACGUCUGGAGGAGGAGUGAGUGAGUGUGUUCUGUGUGUGAUAAGUAUGUGUGUGUGACGAGUGUGUGAGUGUGUGUGCGCACCCUUUUAUUUUUUGGCUGGGAGAUGAUUCAGCUUCCAGUGUUCAAAUGAUUGCUUUAUCUUCAUUAAACGCCAUGACCAAAACCUCA